AUGAAAUUCUUCGCCUCCUUCAGCGCUUUGAUCGCCCUUGCGCAAGCUAAUCUUGACGUCGUAACUCUCUACGUUAAUGGUGAUAACUAUAUCACCGAGGCUAGCGCUACUCUUGUGUUGGGCAAAGCACCAAGCCCCCAAGGCUCUGGAGAUGCUGCACUUUGGAGUGCCAUUAUGAUGGAGAACGAUGCAAGCUUCCUACAAGGAGUCACGCAGAACUCCGCUCAAAGUUACUGGUGCUCGAAUUCCCCCGCAACCCAGUGGUGCAACUUUGCGUACACAUUGGUUGGCUCGCAAGCAACCGCCGGCAAAGCCGUGACCGCUUCUCCUGGAUCAAAGGUCAAGACGACUUACAAGCUAAACUCGAGCACGCAACUGUGGGACCAGAAUGUCUCUAUCGAUGGAAAGCUCGUAUCUACUGUGAAUACUAGUAAGGGGCAGCAUGGCAAGAUCUUCUACAUCUCGCUGGAGUGUGCUUCGGGAACUUGCGCUUCCGCUGGAGCCCAUAGCUGGGAGAAUGUUACUAUCGUGCUGAACAAGGCCGAUCUGAGCUUCAAGCACUCCGGCAGUUGGGAAUAUGGUGCAACUGGUGGUGAGAUGACCACGCCUGACAACGGCAAGACCUGGAAGCUCAGCACUCUGUCCAUCCCACAAACUGUUCCUCAAUAG